UCAAAAUUCCACGUAAGCGUUCUUUCGUUUCCGGCACCUCUAGCUGCUAAGGAACACAUUUUGAUUAAUUAAAAGUUUUGAACUCUUUUAAUUAAUUCUAGGUAUUUGCAAUGGCAAAAGCAAAGACAGAAAAGAAGGCGAAAUCCGCCAUCAACGAAGUGGUGACCCGUGAGUGCACCAUCAACCUGAACCGGCGGUUGCACAAAGUCGGUUUCAAGAAGCGAUCACCACGGGCCAUUAAAAUUGUUCGCAAAUUCGCCGAGAAGGAGAUGGGCACCACCGAUGUCCGCAUCGAUACCCGCCUGAACAAGGCUAUCUGGCACCGCGGAAUCAGGAACCCACCCUUCCGCAUACGCGUGCGCCUUUCUCGCCGUCGUAACGACGACGAAGAUUCGCCCAACAAGCUGUACACCUUGGUCACAUACGUUCCAGUGCCCACGUUCAAGGAGUUGCAGACGGAAAAUGUUGAAUCGACCGACGAUUAAACUGUAAAUUAUUUACACCUAGGAUUACGGAUGAUUCAACGUGAGUUUGGAAAGAGUGUAAGAAGAAAAAAUAAACCUCAAAAGGUAAAAUUCGA